ACGCUACCAUAUGCUCAAAGCUUAAGAAUUGUUUUUUUUGUUUUUCACGAAUAAUGUCAGGUAAAUGUAAAAGCCUAGAAUCGCAAAUUGGAAACAGAAAAGAAAAUUCCGAAAUAGUGACUGAAGACAAUUGACGAAAAUUAGUUGAAUGCAAAUUUAUUCUCUCAUAAUAGCUCUCGAACCCUUUUUUGUUUUUUCUUGCCUUAACCAUUAUUAACCCUUUUUCUUCAAUUUGUCAUUCGCCACGUCAAAGUGUUCGUUUGUGAUCUUUUUCAGCUGGUAGAUGCAGCCAGCUGUUCCGUCGAUGUUUGCGCCCAUAACUUCGUGUACCCUCUUUUUCUUCUUUUGCAAUCCUCAAAAAUCUUUAUCCGUUUGAAAUAUGAUAUACGAUAUGACCGGAAAAUUCAGGGGCAACUCAAAAUUCUGAAAUAUGAAACAAAGGAUAGAGAUCGAAAAGAGUUAGAAUAAAACACAAUUAGCUACUGAAGAAACAAAUGGCAACUGCAAUUUGUCACUCUCUUGUCCUGUUCAGAAAUCUGUGCUCAAUGUAGUUUAUCUUUUUCCUGCUAACUCCUUGAUUCUAUCUCAUCUUUCAUCUCUUAUCUAAAGUCUCAUAUACCUCCUCCUUUUCAGUUUUUCAUCCGUUUGUCGGUCCGUUGGCUGACAGAUCAGGUGAACAAACUCAUGUACGACAAGUUGUUUUAUUUCGCAUCUUGUGUGAAAUUUAUCCGUUAUCUCUCACUUAUCCCUAAUUAUGUUUGAUCUUAUUUUCAAAAUUUGAUACACAAGACAGAGAAUGCCUUUAUAUUUCAGUGAAACGUCCAUAGAAUAUACUUUGCAAGUACUGUAGCACUUUAGUUAAAAUUGCACAGUUUAUGACAUUUUUGUGGGCCAAUUUGUUUUAUUAAUUUCUUAAAUUCUGGUUUGCAUAUUUACUGCAUUUGCUCUACUUCUAGGUUUUUGACUUUGCAUUUUGACAGGUUCAACAUUUUUUAACUUGAAAAUGCUUCAUCAAUUUAAAUUUCCAUAAAACAUUAUUGGAUCUAAUCAGUUACGUAAGAGUUAUGUUCAUGUUCAAAGAUUUCAUGAUUCAGAUUAUGCCAUUGAAAUUAUAAUCAUAAUUUGAAUUGACCUAACAGAUACCUGUUUGAUUAAUUUCUGUUCUCGCCCAUAUUGAAAACUAUAGCACCAAGUGUAACAUUCAUUCAUGGUAGAUUGUUUUGGAUAAACCAUAUUGUUAUAUUCUGCCCAAGCUAAGAAAGACAUUAAUAUCAAUACGUGAUUUCUACCCAACUCAUCCACUUCUAAAAAAUUCCAGACAAUACAUAUAUGUGAUGUCUCAUCCGUUUUGAUCUUUUCAACAAUUCCAAAUUCCUCCUACAUUCCACUUUCAUCACACAUUCCAUUUUUAGCGAAUCGAGCACUUACCUUGCUCUUCUUCCACCUACGAGCAGAAGAGGGUCCCAUCAUCUCUCUUCCAAAGGUUCUUAUGAACAUUGAAGCACGGUCCAUCGAGCACAACGACCCUUAGUUGAAGAGAAAAAAAGAGAAGGAAGGCGAGAGAAGAGGCACAACAUACCUGUCAGAACUCUAUACCCAAAACGAAUAUUUUCAGCCAGUAGUGGUCAGUUCAUUUCAGUUCACUUUAUAAUCUUUAUUCAAUUCACCUACGAGUGCCUUUUUUAUUGUUAUUUGUUGUUGUGAGUAUAUUGUGUAUAUAAGGGGAGAGAGCGGGACAAAUUAUACGAAAAUUCGGUUGGAGAAGUGGUUCAUGGACCACCUAAAAUAGGAAAAAGCAAAAAUUGAAAAGGAAAGAAAACAACAAAAAAAUUAAAAGAAAAUUCAAGCGGCUCACCCUCCCCAUUUACUCCUCCCAUUUUCAGUGCUCUCUUUCCCUCCGACUCAUUCAAAAAAUUUUCCAGUGACCAUUCAUUGUUUUCAGAGACAACCCCACUUUUUGGUCCACACAACACACAUUUACUUUUACUACAGGAUGCUUAUUAUUAUUCAAAGCUUGCUAUUGGCUACAACAGCAUCACUAUGCAUUGCCGACACUCCUGUACCAACACAGAUUCGACUUGUACAUGAUCUACUUGACAACUACGAUAAAAAGGCAAAGCCAAUGUGGGAUAACUCCAAGCCAAUUAAUGUGUCGUUUUCGAUGGAUCUCUAUCAAAUUUUAGAGCUCAAUGAACCACAACAAUAUAUUUUGCUCAAUGCUUGGAUUAUUGAGCGAUGGUUCGACGAGUUUCUCUAUUGGAAUCCGGACGAUUACGAAAAUAUAACGGAGCUUCGCUUGCCGUACGACUCUAUUUGGUUACCAGACACCACACUUUACAAUUCAUUGGUAAUGAAAGACGACGAUACAAGGAGACUAUUGAACUCAAAACUUACAACUGACACACAUCGAAGAGCUGCAUUGAUCGAACUUCUAUAUCCGACAAUUUAUAAGUUCUCAUGUCUACUCGACCUCCGGUUCUUCCCAUUUGAUGUACAAGUCUGCACAAUGACCUUCUCAUCUUGGACAUAUGACCAAAAAGGUAUAGAUUAUUUCCCAUACUCGGAUAAAAUUGGAACAUCAAACUACUUGGAAAACGAAGGAUGGUACAUUUUACAAACAAAAAUUAAAAGACAGGAAGUGAAAUACGCAUGUUGUCCAAAUAACUACACGUUACUGCAGUUGACGCUAUAUCUUCGGAGAAAACCGUUGUUCUAUUUAGUCAAUCUUAUUAUUCCAACAUCGAUUAUUACUCUAAUUGCUAUUGUAGGAUUCUUCACAACAUCAUCUGCAUCAGGAAUGCGUGAAGAGAAAGUAUCAUUGGGUAUCACGACCCUUCUUUCCAUGUCCAUUUUGAUGUUAAUGGUCUCCGAUCAAAUGCCUACAACAUCUACAUUUAUUCCUCUAAUUGGAUGGUUCAUUCUAGCAAUGAUAAUAGUGAUUUCCCUAGGAACCGUUGUCUCAUCCGUAAUAAUUGCCAUUCAAAAACGAGGAAGUCUUGGCGAGCGAAUGUCCAAAAGAGCACUAAAAUUUGCCAAAGUUCUUGCAUGGUUCACAUGCACAUCGUUGCCUCCACACGUUGAGAAAGAGCACAUGAUGGAAGCUUUUGAUGCGCCGACGCCAUUGGUAGAAGUUCGUCCACUGCAACUUGCAAGUGUUAAAGAAUCAGUUCGGAAUAAAUGGGUCAGUGGAGCACGACGAGCAACACAACGAGGUAACAGUGGUUUAGCUCUUAUUUCUGACAAGAGCACGGAUCCACUUAUUCAUUUAUCACCAACAGCGCAUCAACCAGAUGAAUCAAUUUCACCUUCAGCUCCACCGGUUCCAUCAUCAUCUCCUCUUCCUCCUCCAUUAACACCUGGACCAGCUGAUGAUGUUGUAUCGGUGGCGUCAGAAUUAUCGUCAAAAUUCUUGACGAGCAGAAUGCGCCCCAAGUCACAAAAGGACAACACAUUUGCCGCAAUGCAGAGCUCAAUAAAAGCAAAUCGACAGCUAGCAGUUGCCGAAUUCGAAUGGUUUGCCACAGUUGUGGAGAGAACGUGCUUUGUCAUAUUUGUAGUUGCUUUCCUAAUAAUCACAUUUGGAAUCAACUUCAUUGGUUUCAUUCACUGGCAUCAAGCUGGUGUUGAAUAUGGAGGAUGAACAUUCUCAUUUUCAUCAUUUUCCAAAAACUCUUUCCUCUCUCGGUUGCUAUUCUAUCCCCCACACACAUGACGCGGUUUCUGAUACUCUUUUUUUUUUCGUUUUUCUUAUUCCAUUUUCUACUUUUUUUAGUUUUGCUUUUUAAUAAUCAAUUCACAUUUUGCUUUCAUAUUGUUUUCUAUUUCUGUCUGUACUAUAGAUUUAAUCACUUUCUUCUGUUCCCAAUUUUUCGCUUAAGCUUCAAUUUCAUUUCUCUUCCUUUUCCUAUCUUGACCUUCUUGACCAACAAUCCUAAUUCUUUACGAAUAAAUUAUUUUUUUGGCUA